AUGUGUUUGCAAAAGUGCCAGGAAGUUCAGUACCGCCAAAUGUUUGACGAAAUGCCAAAAAGUCUUAGUCUUUCUUUAAAGACAGGCAAAAUUGUCCAUGCACAGAGUUUGAAACUUGGGAUUUCUUCCAAAGGGAACUUGGGGAAUGUAAUUUUGGACUUGUAUUCAAAAUGUGGCCACAUUGAUUAUGCGGAAAGGGUAUUUUUAAGCCUAGAAGAAAGGGAUAAAAUGGCAUGGAAUUCGAUUAUGUUCAUAUAUUCGCGUAAAGGGUUCUUGGAAAGUGUUCUGGAGGCUUUUGGUUCCAUGUGGAAUCGAGGGGUGCUGGGGAAUCAGUUCAGUUGUGCAAUUGUUUUAUCCGCCUGUGCUAAGUUGAUGGAGUUGAAGUUUGGGAAGCAAGUGCAUUGUGGGGCGGUAAAAAUGGGAUUUGAAAUUGAUGCGUUUUGUGAGGGUGCUUUGAUCGAUAUGUACGCGAAAUGUGGGUACGUUGUUGAUGCUAGGAAGAUAUUUGAUGGGGCUACCGACCACGACACAGUUUCUUGUACUGCCAUGAUCUCAGGGUAUGUUCAAGGUGGUUUGCUUGAGCAGGCAAUGGAAGUGUUUGAGGAGAUGAGAACAGGAGGUCACAUGCCGGAUCAGGUAGCAUUUGUAACCACCUUAAAUGCAUGUGUGAGGCUAGGACGGCUUGAUGAUGCGCGCCAGUUGUUUUCUCAAAUGCGUAAUCCAAACAUUGUUGCGUGGAAUGUACUUAUAUCAGGGCAUGUCAAGGGUGGUCAUGAGAGGGAAGCUAUUGGACUUUUCCAAAAUAUGAUCAAAGCUGAUUUCAAACCAACACGUUCCACACUAGGAAGUCUUCUGAGUGCUAUUGCGUACUUAGCGAACUAUGAAUAUGGCUUUCAGGAAGAAGAAGAGGAAGGAGCUUUUUCUCUGUUCCGCAGAAUGAUGUCAGAGGGGAUUGCACCUGAUGAGGUAUCUUUAGCUAGCAUACUCAGUGCUACUGCAAAUUUACAAGAUCUUAAUAAGGGUACACAAGUACACUGUUUUUUGGUUAAAUAUGGUCUAGAAAGAGCUCUUUAUGCUGGCGGCUCGCUAAUUGACUUUUAUUGCAAGUGUGGAAUAAUUGGGUCUGCAACUGAAGUGUUCUCUUGCAUGACUGAAAGAAGCGUGGCAUGCACAAAUGCUCUGAUUGCUGGUUAUGCUCAAGUAAACUUAGUUGAAGCUUUAAAUAUAUUUCAGGAUAUGCUGGCUGGUGGAUUGAGGCCAUCAGAAGUCACUUUCGCCACCCUUUUGGAGUCAUGCACUGGUGACACUAAUCUGCAUUUCGGAAGGCAAAUUCACUGUUCUAUUUUAAAGCUCGGCUUUGCACAUCAUGAUGAAUUUAUAGCCGUCUCUCUUUUGGGCAUGUACAUGAAUGCUCAAAAAAUGACAGAUGCAAAUGUUUUUUUCUCCGAGCUUCCUUAUCCAAAAAGCACAAUAAUUUGGACUGCUAUGAUAUCAGGAAGCAUUCAAAACGACUGUUGCGAGAAUGCAAUAUUUUGGUAUAGUGAAAUGUGUCAUCAUAAUGCGAAGCCAGACCAAGCGACGUUUGCAAGUGUACUUAGAGCAUGCUCUAUGUUAGCUUCUUUGGAGGAUGGCAGGAAAAUGCACUCUUUAAUCUUUCGUACUGCUUAUAAUGAAGAUGAGUUGAUAGGCAAAACUCCCGUUCUUUUAGAUUCCAACUAUCGGGCAAGAAGUCGUGAAGGGAUGAUGGAAAACAAACUUAUUUUGAUUGUGGAGUUCGAGGGAGGAAGGGUGUUGAGGCGUUUGCAAAGCCUGAGAUUUUAUGAUGGGUUGCAGAUAACUUGUAUAGGCUAUACUUUUACAGAGAUUGCCCUUGAAAUGACAAGCCAAAAUUCCUCCUUGCUACUGAAGAUGUCAGAAAAGAUUAUUUGCUCUACAAUGAAGACAGUUUCUUUUAGAGGCGCCCUCGCAACUGGGGUAGCGGAGGAGCAUUUUGCAGUGCAAUCAAAACUUCAAGACUGUCAAAAGCAGGAUGAUAUGCUACACAACGGAGAUCGUGAACCUACUGCAAACUUCCACUAUAAAUCUAACAAUGAACCAAAUGGAGUGGCAAGAAAUCAUCCAUGUAGGUGA